AUGGAAAGAGAGACAGAAGUUAACAUGAUCAGGUUCUUGACAGCCUUUUGUCAUAGCAUGAAGGUGUGGGUGUCAGCACAUGAGCUGACACAUGAGCUGACACAUGAGCUGACACAUGAGCUGACACAUGAGCUGAUAUAUGAGCUGACAUAUGAGCUGACAGAUGAGCUGACACAUGAGCUGACACAUGAGCUGACACAUGAGCUGACACAUGAGCUGAUAUAUGAGCUGACAUAUGAGCUGACAGAUGAGCUGACACAUGAGCUGACACAUGAGUUGACACAUGAGUUGACACAUGAGCUGACACAUGAGCUGACAGAUGAGCUGACACAUGAGCUGACAGAUGAGCUGACACAUGAGCUGACACAUGAGCUGACACAUGAGCUGACACAUGAGCUGACACAUGAGUUGACACAUGAGCUGACACAUGAGCUGACACAUGAGCUGACACAUGAGCUGACACAUGAGCUGACACAUGAGCUGACACAUGAGCUGACUCAUGAGCUGACACAUGAGCUGACAGAUGAGCUGACUCAUGAGCUGAUAUUUAAACUGACAAAUUUUGGGGUUGGAACCCUACUUGGUGAUGACGAUGAUACAAUAAACUGUGUGAUAUCCACAUGGAGUAGUUGGGGGGGGGGGGGGGGGGGGAGAGAGAGAACUGAUGUAAUGAAGGUGAGAAUAAAAGAAUGGAAGUGA